CGCUCUUGGAAGAAAAAAGCAAACGACGCCGACAGCAAGGAAAGAAAUCGAAGGUAAGGAGGGUACGAUCAGGAUCAACAGAAAUUUGACCGUUAAUCAAAUAUCGCCUUCGUCGCUCGAACAACAAAAUGGAGACCCAACUGGUCCACCGUCUCGAGCUCGACCCCAGCAAGCGGAUCCCUCUCCUCAAAGCCCAGCUAGAACACCAUCACCACCACGAGCCCGAACCCGUCCUCCCCGUCGCCAACGUCAAGACCCAUCCGACCAAGGCCUCGACUGGUCCAGAGAACGGGAGCGUCUACUUCAUCGGAAACGCUACCACGGUGAUCGAAUGGCACGGCAUCCGCAUCCUCACUGACCCGAACUUCCUGCACGCCGGCGACCACGUCCACCUGGGCCCGGGUGUCACGGCGGAACGUCUCAAGAACCCAGCCGUCGACAUCGACGCCUUGCCCCCGCUCGACUGCAUCCUCUUGUCCCAUUACCACGAAGACCACUUUGACAAGUUGGUGGAGGAAAGCCUGAACAGGGACUUCCCCAUCAUCUCCACUCCGCACGCGAAGCAGGCAUUGGCGGGCAAGGAGGACCCCUUCAAGGCCGUUUACGACUUGGACUUUUUCCAGUCCAUCCUCCUUCCCGUGGUCAACUACAAGGGCGACACGGGAGGGAAGAAGCCGGUGAUCAAGGUGGCGGGCAUGCCGGGGAAGCAUGUCCCUCCCGGUCCACUGGCAGCUGUAAACGAAUUGCUGGGAGCUGUCCCACCGACCAAUGGCUGGUUGAUCGAGAUGAACUACUCUGCUAAUGGAUCAGAGGAUGGAGGCGAGACGGGGUAUCGCAUCUACAUUUCGGGCGACACGCUGUUUGUGGAUGAACUGAAGGAGAUUCCGCAGCGGUUGAAGGACGAAAAGAUUGAUCUGAUGCUGGUUCACUUGGGUGGUACCACGAUUCCGGGACCAAAGUUGCCGCUCCUUAUGGUGACUAUGGAUGGGGAGCAGGGAGUCAAGCUGAUGCAGCUGAUGGAUCCGGAUGUGACGAUACCAGUGCAUUUUGAUGAUUACAAUGUGUUCUUGUCGGGAUUGGAUGACUUUAAGGAGGCAGUUGCACAGGCGGGACUAGGUGAAAAGGUCGUGUACCUGGACAGAGGUGAUCAGUAUCGGUUUAAUACGCGUGAAGUUUGACCCUUCUUGUUCCUUCAGCAGACCAAUCAAUCACAGGAUUUACAGCGUCCAU